AUGGCGUCCCAGCCGCCGCCUCCCCCGAAACCCUGGGAGACCCGCCGGAUUCCGGGGACCGGGCCGGGACCAGGACCCGGCCCCACUUUCCAAUCUGCUGAUUUGGGUCAUACUUUGUUGACAAGACCUGGACAACCAACACUUACCAGAGUGCCACCACCCAUUCUCCCAAGGCCAUCACAGCAGACAGGAAGCAGUAAUUUGAACACUUUCAGACCUGCUUACAGUUCAUUUUCUUCUGGAUAUGGUGCCUAUGGAAAUUCAUUUUAUGGAAGCUAUAGCCCUUACAGUUAUGGAUAUAAUGGGCUGGGCUAUAACCGCCUUCGUUUAGAUGAUCUUCCACCUAGUAGAUUUGUUCAGCAAGCUGAAGAGAGCAGCAGAGGUGCAUUUCAGUCCAUUGAAAGUAUUGUGCAUGCAUUUGCCUCUGUCAGCAUGAUGAUGGAUGCCACUUUUUCAGCUGUCUAUAACAGUUUCAGGGCUGUACUGGAUGUAGCAAACCACUUUUCCCGAUUAAAAAUACACUUUACAAAGGUUUUUUCAGCUUUUGCAUUAGUUAGGACUAUAAGGUACCUUUAUAGACGGUUACAGUGGAUGAUAGGUUUAAGAAGAGGCUUGGAGAAUGAGGACGUAUGGGCAGAAAGUGAAGGAACUGUGGCUUGCCUUGGUGCUGAGGACAGAGCAGCUAACUCAGCAAAAUCUUGGCCAAUAUUCUUAUUCUUUGCUGUUAUCUUUGGUGGACCUUACCUCAUCUGGAAACUGCUGUCUACUCACAGUGAUGAUGUAACAGACAAUACCAACUGGGCAAGUGGUGAGGACGACCAUGUAGUUGCUAGAGCAGAAUAUGAUUUUGUUGCUGUAUCUGAAGAAGAAAUUUCUUUCCGUGCUGGUGAUAUGCUGAACUUAGCUCUCAAAGAGCAACAACCCAGAGUGCGUGGUUGGCUUCUGGCCAGUCUUGAUGGUCAAACAACAGGACUUAUACCUGCUAAUUAUGUCAAAAUUCUUGGUAAAAGAAGAGGUAGAAAAACAGUGGAAUCCAGUAAAAUUUCCAAGCAGCAACAGUCUUUUACCAACACAACACUAAUUAAAGGAGCCACAGCUGCUGAUUCUUUGGAUGAGCAGGAAGCUGCCUUUGAAUCUGUUUUUGUUGAAACUAAUAAGGUUCCAGUUGCAUCUGAUUCCACUGGGAAAAAUGGAGAUAAACAAGAUCUUUGA